AUGGAUACGAGAACAUUCGUCUCUGAUUCCCUUCUCCGCCUCACAGGCGCAUCCGACCCUACCGUCAUCGACUUUGUCCUCGCAACCGCCGGCGGCGCAAAGUCUGGAAGUGACAAUGAAAUAGACGCGUUUUGCAGCGAGCUCUACAAACGGGUUGGUGGCGGUGACCGCCCCAGCGGGAAUGAAAAGCCCAAGGAGAAACCCUCUGCAGACGCGACGAAGAAGAAAUAUCGGCUCGUGGAAAUGGAGGAUGAUGUUACCUUGGGCCCCGCGAAUGUGGAAUUGGAGAGCGAGCGACGGAGACGGAAAGAGAAAGACAGAAGUCGGGACACGAAGACCAACGGUCUUUCUGGCAGCCGCUGGGCAGAAGAAGAAGAAGAAUAUGGUCAUCGCAGUCAACACGAGAAGGACGAGAGAAGAAAACGAGAACGGAGCCAAGACGGCGAGAACCGUGAUCGCCAUCACCGAUCGAAGAAGUUGCGCAAGAGAGAUGUCGAGGACUUCGAAGGUCGCUGGGGUGAUGAGGAGAUACCAGAGGGUGAGGGAUUAGGCGCGGACGGCGAGGAGUUCGAGGAAUCUCCCUCUAAGCGGACGAGGCUGGACGAUGGAUCCGCGUCGCCGCGAUCUACAUCAUCCGCUGACCUAGACGAGGAGGCGAAAGCGGAGAGGGAGCGCGAACGCGAUCGGAAAGAGCGAGACGAGUUUGCAAAACGUCUCGCGGAGAAGGAUGAGAAGGCGAAGAAAAAGAUUGUCGAGGACCGUUCGUCGGCUAGGCGUGGGGAUCUGCUCGAUCGACGAGCGUUAGCAGAUGAUCCUGAAGCUAGGAGUGCCGCAAUGCCCGAUCUUCGUCUGCGGUCUCGACAGGAGUACCUGAAGAAACGCGAGGCAGAACGCCUAGCGCUUCUGCGGAGACAAGUCGCGGAGGAGACGCAGGAGCUGCGCGAGAACCCCAAUCUCACCCGCCGAGAGAAGGAGGAAUUUGCGCGGAACCGGGAAGUCCUGCGGAUCGCGGAGGAAAGACUCCGGAUCGACGAUUAUCGGGAUGGCUACAUGAUGCCGGAAGACUACAUUACGGAGAAAGGGAAGAUUGACCGGAAGAAGAAGGAGGAGGCGCUCUACAAGCGGUAUGUCGACCGCGAUGAACACGGCCAGGAGCGAUUUAUUACGGAGCAAGAGGAGUGGGAACGCGAGCAGACGGCGAAGGCUAAGGCACAGGUCUCGCGCGCCGAGUUUGUGGACGAAGGGGACUACGAAUACGUCUUUGACGACGCCCAAAAGAUCAACUUUAUCUUGGACUCCAAACUCGAGGGUGACCGAAAGCCGCUGACCAAGGAGCAGCGCCUGCUGCAACAGCAGCUGGAGGCGGCCGAGAAGAAGGCAGCUUCGAUCGAGGAGACCCGGAAGAGCCUCCCGAUCUACCAGUUCCGCGAUGAGAUCAUUCAGGCGGUUCACGACCACCAGAUUCUGAUCAUCGUCGGUGAGACUGGUUCGGGAAAGACGACUCAGAUUCCGCAAUAUCUCCACGAAGCUGGAUAUACCAAGAACGGGAUGAAGAUCGGUUGUACGCAGCCGCGGCGAGUGGCAGCCAUGAGUGUCGCCGCUCGAGUGGCCGAGGAAAUGGGGGUCAAGUUGGGCCACGAAGUUGGCUAUUCGAUCCGUUUUGAAGACAACACGAGCGACAAGACGGUGCUCAAGUACAUGACAGAUGGUAUGUUACUGCGAGAGUUGCUGACGGAGCCGGAUCUGGGCGGCUACUCGGUGUUGAUGAUCGACGAAGCCCAUGAGCGGACUGUCGCAACCGACAUUGCCUGUGGUCUGCUGAAGGAUAUUGCCAAGGCCCGACCGGAUCUGAGGCUGCUCAUUUCUUCCGCCACAAUGGAUGCGCAGAAGUUCCAGAAAUACUUUGACGAUGCCCCAAUCUUCAACAUUCCCGGCCGCCGGUAUCCGGUCGACAUCCAUUACACGUCCCAGCCUGAGGCCAACUAUCUGGCGGCCGCGAUCACGACUGUGUUCCAAAUCCACAUCACACAGGGCCCGGGGGACAUCCUCGUGUUCCUGACCGGUCAGGAAGAAAUCGAGGCCGCCGAGCAGAGUUUACAGGAGACGGCGCGCAAACUAGGGGGCAAGAUCCCCGAGAUGAUCAUCGCCCCGAUCUAUGCCAACUUGCCUUCGGAGCUGCAGACCAAGAUCUUCGAACCGACACCGCCUGGCGCGAGAAAAGUCGUUCUGGCCACCAACAUUGCCGAGACGAGUCUGACGAUCGACGGCAUCGUGUACGUGAUCGAUCCGGGAUUUGUCAAGGAAAACGUCUUCAAUCCGCGGACGGGCAUGGAGAGCCUGGUGGUGACGCCGUGUUCGCGAGCGUCUGCCGCGCAGCGCGCCGGGCGAGCUGGUCGGGUUGGACCCGGGAAAUGCUUCCGACUGUACACGAAGUGGGCGUAUUACAACGAACUGGAGGAUAAUACGACCCCGGAGAUCCAGCGCACGAAUCUCAGCGGAGUGAUUUUGAUGCUCAAGUCGUUGGGCAUUGAUCAGCUGCUGGACUUUGACUUUAUGGAUCCUCCGCCGGCGGAAACGAUCAUCCGGGCGCUGGAGCAGCUGUACGCGCUGGGAGCGUUGAAUGACCGGGGCGAGCUGACCAAAGUCGGGCGACAGAUGGCGGAGUUCCCGACGGACCCGAUGCUGGCCAAGGCGAUCCUGGCGGCGGACAAGUACGGAUGCGUGGAGGAAGUGCUCUCGAUCAUAGCGAUGCUCGGGGAGGCCAGCGCGCUGUUCUACCGGCCCAAGGAUAAAAAGAUCCACGCGGACAGCGCGCGGGCGCGGUUUACGGUCAAGGACGGCGGCGACCACCUGACCCUGCUGAAUAUCUGGAACCAGUGGGUGGACUCGGACUUCAGCUACGUGUGGGCGCGGGAGAACUUCCUGCAGCAGCGUAGUCUGAACCGGGCACGCGACGUGCGGGACCAGCUGGCCAAGCUGUGCGACCGGGUGGAGGUGACCAUGUCGUCGGCCGGGCAGAACAACCUGGUGCCGAUCCAGAAGGCGCUCACGGCCGGCUUCUUCCCGAACGCGGCGCGGCUGCAACGGGGCGGCGACAGCUACCGGACGGUGAAGAACGGGCAGACGGUGUACUUGCACCCGUCGAGCACGCUGUUUGACGUGAACCCGAAGUGGGUGAUCUACCACGAGCUGGUGCUGACGAGCAAGGAGUACAUGCGGAGCAACAUGCCUCUGCAACCGGAAUGGCUGAUGGAGGUGGCGCCGCAUUACUACAAGAAGAAGGACCUGGAGACGCUGGGGCUGGACAAGAAGGUUUCCAAGGGGCGGGGACAGGCGGGCGAGACAACAAGAAAGAAGAAGAGACAAGAAAGAAGAGCCACCAUGUCCAAGACCUUCACCCCCGCCGAAGUCGCUUCCCACAACAGCCCCGACAAGGGCCUGUACAUCAUCAUCGAGAACGGCGUCUACGACGUGACCAACUUCGUGGACGAGCACCCCGGUGGCGCCAAGAUUCUGAAGCGGGUUGCUGGCAAGGAUGCGACGAAGCAGUUCUGGAAGUACCACAACGAGUCCGUGCUGAAGAAGUACAGUCCGAAAUUGAAGAUUGGCGAGGUUAAGGAUGCUGCGAAGUUGUAG